AUGCAUUGGGCUUCAGCUUCCGCAGUCGUGUUUCCGGCGCUGUUGGCGCUCUGUGCAGGCCAGCAACAGCAGCCGCUUUCCGAGGUCGGCCACUCAGAAUCACCAGCAAACUCGCAGCAUACCGGCGCGGCAGACGCUCCGUCUUACCGAGACAAGCUGCUUCAGCUGCUUGAGUCGUUGAUCACCAUCCCGUCGACCAGUGGCGAAGAAAACGAAAUUGGCCAAUUCCUCGUCGACUAUCUGGAGCAGGAACAAUACCAUGUGGCCAUCCAAUUCCUCCCCCCGCUCAAGGACCAUCCAAACGUGCCCGACCGAUUCAACGUCUUGGCCUGGCGCGGAGAGAGACAGCCCAAGUACAAGGCGUUGGUGACGAGCCACAUUGACACGGUUCCUCCGCAUAUUCCCUGGGAGAUUGAGGGCGGCGAAAUCUCGAAGCACACAAUCAUCAAGGGCCGCGGCACGACGGACGCCAAAGGCAGUGUUGCCACUCAGAUCUUGGCGGUGAACGAAUUGCUCUCCACAAACAAGAAUGUCAACCCGGAAGACAUCAUCCUGCUCUUUGUUGUUGGAGAGGAAACAACCGGCGAUGGGAUGAAGACGUUUAGCGCUUCGCUCAAGCAUAUGAACCCGCCUCUAAGUUUCGACUCUGCCAUCUUUGGCGAGCCAACCGAGAACAAGCUGGCAUGCGGCCACAAGGGCGCACUCUUCUGCACUGUCGCGGCCAAGGGCAAGGAUGCUCACAGUGGCUAUCCAGAAAUGGGAAAGUCGGCCAACGAGCUGAUGAUUCGAGCCAUGGCCAAGAUAUACGAUACGGAUCUCGGCGCCAGCCCUCUCUUUGGUAACACGACGUUCAACGCUGGCCGCUUUGAUGGCGGCGUUGCUUCCAACGUGAUUCCUGCUAGGGCUUUUGUGGACUUGGCAGCCCGCGUUGCCAGUGGCUCCGAGAAGGAGGGCCACAAGGAAGUGCAGAAAAAGAUUUUGGAUAUUUUGACUGAAGUCGAUGAUGAGGCGUUCACUCUUGAAUGCAUUCAUGGAUAUGGACCUUAUGAAAGCAACUGCGAUGUGGAAGACUUUGAUCAAAUCGUUGUUAAUUACGGCACGGACAUUCCUAAUCUCGAAGGUGAUUACACUCGAUACUUGUAUGGACCAGGCAGUAUUCUCGUUGCUCACGGCGAUCACGAGUACAUCACUGUUGGCGACCUGGAGCAGGCGGUUGAAGACUACCAGAAGCUGAUUCUUCACGCUCUGAACCAAUGA